GCUCCAUUUUAGCUGUGCCAUAGGCUGCACUAAAAAAAAAAAACAGAGCAGACCAGCGCUCUUUCAGCAUCCUUUCAGACAAGAGCCUAUAGGUCUGCUGCAGAGAGCACAAUAAAAGAACUCUCCAAGCAUGGCAACCUUCAACAACAGUCCCUGGAACGCGACUACGUCCCUUUACCAAUACCUUGGUUUUCAAGUGCAAAAGAUUUACCCUUUCCAUGAUAACUGGAACACUGCCUGCUUUAUUAUUCUGGUUCUAUUUAUCUUUACUGUAGUUUCUCUGGUGGCGUUGGCUUUCCUUUACGAGUUGCUUGACUGUUGCUGCUGUGUGAAAAAUAAAACCAUGAAAGACCUAGAGAAUGAAUCCAAUCCAGUUAGAACCAUGAUGGACAGCUUUAGAAAGAGAGAAACAGAAGUGGUGUAGUAAUGAUUGAUCACUAGAACUCACAGAAGAACCAACAAGAAAAUGAAGCCUCUUGCAUCUUAUGAGCAAGUCAUGUGCUUUUUGGGCCUUAAAAAUCAUUAUUAGCAACAAUUAUUUCACUUCUGGAUGUGAACUUGAAUGGCUAGCAAAAUCUUUAUAUGGCCCACCUGUUAGAAUGUUAUGUGGGAAGAAAGAUUUUUGUUUUUAAAUGAACUUUUGUCAUCUAUAUUUGAUUACUAGAGUAAAUAUUUGUUCAUCUGAACAAUUCACAAUGUUGCUUAAUUGGAGAAAUACAGAUCAAUCUGAUUGUCACCCUCA